UUCAGUGGCCGAAAAAAAAUCAUUUGUGGAUGGUGAUGAAAAUCAAGCCUUUGAUGAAUUCAGUUUUCAAAAUGGAUAGUGAGUAGAUUUUUCAGAGCAUAUAAUUUUUUUAAAAAAUGGUUAUUUUUUGGCUCAAAAUAGGUCACUAAAAAUACUAUUUUUUCGCGCAGAAUUCUGCUCCAAUGCCUGAUCAAACGUCCCUCGACUACACGCUCGAAAACUCUUCCCUCCGCACUAAAUCUAGCAAAAUUCCACUCGAACAUUUUCUUCGUGUAAACCACACGUUUCGCGAAUUCCUUCUCUCAGCCUGGAAUUUAACCAGCUUGAAAUACGUGUCAGUUGUGUUUCGGAAUAAAUCAUUCAACCAGCUUUCAAGUAUCAGUUUCCAAAAUGCAUACGACGAUUAUUUAUUCAAAUCAAAGGCACGUGUAUUGUGUAGGAGCCACGAUACAAUGACUUGACGCUUGACACUAGACACCUAACUGCUUUUUAACUCUCGCAUCCAUUAAAAGUAUGUAGGUAUCCAUAAGAAAAAGCUUUUCACCAGCUUCACACACGUUCGAUUUCACUUAUAGUUUAACUACAUCACAACCUUACCUUAUAAGAAGACGUGUACCUGCGAUGGAAGUUUUCUGAAUUUCAAUUUGGAAUUUGCUAAACCUGUAUGUCGUAAUAAAGAAAAUGAGAGAAUAAAGGCCCGAUGAUAAUGAUGUAAACUGCAAAUCGAGUCAGUCGAAUCGAUACAUUUUGCGAAAGCUUAUAUUUCUCCACGGCUCAUACAUAAUGAAAUUGACAUUCUACUCGUGUUCGUAUAUUCUAAUUCAUAAAUAAAAUAGGCUUUUGAAUUAAACGAGUUCAAUUUGCAAAAUUUCAACUUCGUUACAUCCCAUUACCAUUCCAAAGGUCCGUCAGCGAAGAAAACUUAUCCCUCGUAUAAAUUACCAAGAUGUUUUGUUUUUCUUACAAAACUUCCUGUUCUUCGCAUAAACAAAGCCGCACGUAUGACGAUGAAGUAAACAACUAAAAACAAAACCGACAAAAAAACACGAUGGAAUCCUUCGAGAUGAAAACAAAAUUUCUCGUUUUAGUUGUUUUGCAGUUUACAUCGAACCAAGUCACGUAAAUGACGAUUUCAAAUUUCGAUACACGCGAGACUGAAUAAAGCACUGGAAAAAUUUCAGCUGAUGACACGAAGAAGGAUUAAAGGUGGUGAAAAAAAGCUUUACAAACAUUCAGGGUUUGAAAACAAAAUCCCCACUAGAACAUUACUAGGUAUUUUGGAGAUUUCAAUUUUUUUCUCUAGGUCUUUCCACGCUUAGAUAGGUACGAGUAUUAUAGAUUUUUCUCAAUCGUAUGAAAACUCAAAUUUUUCGCUAUUUUCACACAGCUGAAUUGGAAACUUUUUCUCCUACUUUGGCACACAAGCUGCGUACGAAUAUUUCCAAAGCCAGGAUUUACUCGGUUUAUAGAAAAAUCAUCCUUCGAGCGUUUCGAAUAAAAACUACAUCUUCAUAUCUAAUAUUUAUAUUUCGAAUUUAGUCCUUACAGAAAGUUAUUUUAUACAACUUUUUUUUGCCACUUAUGGGUAUCGAUUUUGGAAAAUGGAGAUUUUGAAAAUUUUGAAUCAAUCAUCGAGUGAGUCUUGAUUUUUACUUAUCUUGGCCCACCAUAACAUACCUAUAGAUGUAUAGAUAAUUAGAUGGAUUUUUUUCUUGGCCAAAUUUUUCAAAUUUGUUUUCGAGCUGACCCUAAUGUUUUCACAAACAGAAACUUUCAAAAAAUUUUCAGUGAAAAAUUUUUGUUCAACUUUGCUUAUUUUACUUUACUCUCUACUUAUGGUACAAUACUGUUCAAUACGAAAAUUCCAACAUAAAAAAUUUACAAGAUUUUUUUCACUUCGUUACUUAUUUGUGAUUAUAGUCGUACCCACGUCCAAAUGUCAAUUCCUUUCGUCACGACUCGAUCGUAUUCGAAAAGAAAAAAAAAUCAAUAUUUAAUGAAUUACAAAUGAUGCAAUGCAAUACUUAUAACUAUUAUUUUAAUCGAAAUAAAUAGCUCAUCCGUGUAACAUCAGUAUAAUACCUACCUAAACCUUAGAAAAACCUUGUGAUUGAAACGUAGGUAUACCAUUUCUUUAGUUACAUAUUUUCACUCGUUUAUAGUUGUGCCUUUUCGUACACUAGAAAACGUACCUAUUAUACCUACCUGUAAUAAGUAUUCAUAUACAUUUGUAACAUAUCCUGUGUAAUACUCUGUGUCAAACAAAUACGUAUAUUUAACAUAUCAACGUGCACUUAUCUCAGACGUAUUUAUAAAACGUUGUUACAUAUUUUUUAACUUUAUAUUUUUCAAAUUGAUCGUCAAGUGUAAAGAUAGCUUAUACCUUUAUAAUUUUAUACACACGGACUGAUGAACCGUCUAGGAAAAUUGCAAACAUUGGCAUGAUUAAAAAAUCGCGUGCCGUACGGCUCAAGGUUAUGUUAAAAAUUGACUCGAAACGAUGGAUUAAUUUGGUUUUUAAAAAAUGUACACACAAUCUGAUUAGUUCAUUAUUCGAGUCAUAAUAAAAAUAAUGCAUUUUGCAUUAUUACCUACCUACCUACCUAUACGAUUCGAACAUCAAGAUUUAUUUUUUUUAUAGCCUACCUAAACCAAUUUUUUAUACCAUACCACUCGACGUCUAAACGAGAGGAGAAUCUCGAGAAUAUUUCGCUGGAAGAAAUUUUAACGAUAGGGAAUUUUUUACGCGAAAAAUGGCCCUUUACAGGUUCGCUCAUCUUUUAUGGCAAUUGCUAAUUCACUCUAUCGUUUCUCAACGCCAAAAAUGCCUGUUUAUAGAUCAAACUAUUUCUAUAUUAUGACCGCGAGGAGAUUGCACAAGGGGGUUCUAGGCUGUGCGAAAAAAAAAAAUAGAAUAAAAAUUGUUAUUCGCCCACACAAAUACCUGCUUUCAAAACUCAAGGCGAAAGUUUUCCGAAAAAUGAGCGUUUAAAUAUAGAUUCUGUAACAACUUUGUAAGACGAAAGGAAAAAGUUGGUAAACAAAAUUUUCUCUUUCUUUAAAAAUGAACAUGUCUGAAAAUAGUCGUGUUGCUGAUAUAUAAAGGCAGGUAUAAAAUCGUGACUUUUUCUUUUGAGCAGACAUAGGGCUUUAAAAUUUCGAGGUUUCGUGUUCUCUUUUUUUUUGGAAAUUUUCUUUGCCACUGGCGUAGAAUUUUUAGUUUCAAAUAGGCACGACUAAUUUUAGCCAUAAACUUUUUUCUGUUAUGAUUCGUGCAAUACUUUAAAAGUAUAGGCAGUAGGCACGUUGUAUAAAAUCUUUUUCUCGCUCUGAUUUUGGAAGCCAUUUGGAGUUUCGUUAAGUUCAGCUAAAUUGUACUCGUAUGAUGUUAAAUUUUUUUUCUUUUGGCGAGACGUGUUCAAGGUAAAAUGCUUUUGGAGUUUUAGAAUUUCGUUCGAAAUUUUUUGUAAUCAGAUUCUUAUUUCGGUUUGGCAAAUUUUUGUCUGUUUGGGAAAAUUUUCUUAGGUUUCCUUCAUCUCAACUUGAAAAUACAGAAUUGGGAUGCGGAGGAGGCUAUCUCUGUAAAAAUUCUAAGAUGGAGGUUUCUGAAUGUCGAGCUGACAAUUUUCUAUAGGAUGGAAAACAAUUUUCGAAUUGAAAUUUCAGGCUUGAUUCAAGUUGUAAGGCUGGUUGCAAAAUUUCAUAAGAUGGAAAAAAUUCGUUUGGAAAAAAAUAUGCUUCCUUUUUUCAAGAAUUCAAGGAUUUACUAAAAUUUUCAUUAGAACUGAUUUUACUAAAAAGUCAAGUAACUAGUUGAAAAAAAUCAUUUUUCAUUUUGAAAUUUCAACUUUAUGCGAAAUGGGAAAAUUUAUAACUUUUUCAUGCAAAGUUGUAGGUACUUUUCUUUUCAUCUCAGAGAACAUUUUUUUCCAUUUUGUAAAUCCCAAGAGUUUUCUACUAUACAGCCUUUUUUCAUAACAAAAGGAGCCAGAAACAGUUGAAAGUUGUAAAAAAUUUUAAACUUUCAAUUCUCAUAAAAAAUCUUAGUUGAUGUGAUUUUUUUGAAUUUUUAAUUACGUUACCUAUAUUCCAGAGUAAUUUUUGAAGAUGAACAAAAAAAUGUGAAAACGCUGCUCAUAGCAAAAUUUUGCUGGGCAAAGUGCCAAAUCUCGAAACAGGAGGGCCAAUUAAAACCUCGAUUCUCCUUCAAUUUCGAAUUUGAGCUAUUUUGUUAUAGGUUAUAGAACUUUUAUGAUUCGUUUUUUAUUUCCAAUAAUUUUUUACUAAUCUUUGACAAAUUCGGUUACGUGCCGAAAAUCAACUCUUGACUCGUGAUUUAUUGGCUAUCCCUCUUCAACCCACACCAAACAUGAGGUCAUGUUUUUCGAUUUCGUUCAAGUGGCUCCUCAUUUAAAAAAAAAAGUGAGUGACUGAAGGGACACUGAGGGAUCGAACCCAAAAAUAUGAAUAAAUAUGUAUUCGAACUCAUCCACCUUGAAUUAGCUGGAUUCGUCAUUUCACGCCAAAAUUAAUCAUUUUUCAAUUUUUUCUCAAACGUGAGACAUGUGAGACAAGUUGAUGGGACAUUGAAGUCUUGUAUCUGCAAAAUGUGUGGAUAUUCGAACUCAAAAUAUUUUAAAAACUAUAAAAAAUGACGAGUCAUACUUCAUUUUUUAUUUUUUGGCAUUUUCACCAUAUUUGAGGACGGUGGAGGAGAGAGUUUGUAAAGGUUAGAUAGAAAAAAAUGAACAAAUAUUCAAGUUCGGUGUCUUAAAAUUGAAAACAAUCGAUGUCGUCACCUUCGAUUUAGCUGAAAUUUAGACUCCUGGAAGUUCACGUCAUCCACACCAGACCUCAGAACCAAAUUUUCAUCUGCCGAAGUUGAUUUUUUUGAAUUUUGGCGAAUUUUUGAAAAUGGCUGAAAUAGCCCAUUCACUGAUAGGGGUUUCAUAAAAAUAAUAAACUACGAGAUAAAAGUCUGAAAUUUCACUUGAACACUAAAGUCGACCUCCCGAAUCUAUCGCGAUCAAUUUCGAGACGAUCUGGAGCCUACAAUAGAAGUUAGUUUUACUCCAGCACACUGGAAUCGCUCCAUGAAGUGCUGCAAUCAACUUUGGCAGCUGAACAUUUGGUUCUGAGGCGUGAGUGACAUGAACUUUCAAUGAGCCAAAUUUCAGCCAAAUCGAAGUUGACGAGUUGACAAAGUUUCCUUGUUAGUUACCAUGGCAGGGAAAAACUGCAAUUUAAUACUGUCUUCAAUCCACGAAAAGUUAAACGAAAAAUUUCUUCAUUAGAAAGGUCAUAGUACACUUCAGGCCACCCUUGUCAAGCUACCUGGCCCAGCAUUAGUACCACUACAGUACACCUAUACCUAUCCCUCUGGCAAUUCUCGAGAUUCUCCGUCAAGUCAACGUGGCUGAUUGGCAUCUUUGGCAGGUUACGAAAAAACUUUUUUCGAUUCAAUUUUUAGCAUACGUCCAGUUUCGUUUACGUUUACCAACCUUGUAUUCUGCGCACGUACUCAACGCUGUCAUGUCGGAACUUUUACCAAAAACAUACGAUAUUCGACGCUUCCAUUUAAAGGUAUACCUACAUGUUACUCUCGUCUCGUUUAGGUAGGUAAGUAUACCAAAAAAUACGCAUUAUGAAAUUGUGAGGCGAAUUUUUAUGCGAAUAUUAAACAUUUGACGACUUUUGUAAAUCCUUAUUUCUGUAUUUCUUACCAACAUCUCUCAACCCUUUAAAAUUAAUUCUUCCGCAUCUUGCAAUUUUUUUCGACCAGUUCCGCCUUCAAGUUUUCGAAACAUCGAUAUUUGGUAAUAACCGGAAGUGCAGGAACUAAAUUGAAAAAAAAACAACGAACGCAGAAUAAAGAUGCAAAAAAAAAAAUAAAAAUUGAACAUACACGAAACGUACAUCCGCAAAAGAAAUCGUACUAUGUUUGCAAAUAAACAUAUUAUUAAAAAAGAAACCAAUGAAAACAAAACGUUUCGUAACACUGUGAUACGUACGUUUUCAAAUUUUUUGUUUGUACAUUCAAAUAAAUACAUUCGGUUGUUUAUUAAUGAUGUUACUGUUUUCGAAGUUGCUGUUUUAUACACAUGUUAGUCGACUAUUUUGCCCUUUUAUAUUCGUAUUUAUCGCGAAAAUGUGUAAGUGAUUGAUGUUACAAUAAAUUGAUAGUUUUUUAACAAAAAACACAGUUCUUGUUUGUUCAUUUAAUUUACCAGGUGAAAAAAAAAGGUUUCGCAUCGUAUACUUCAUCUCGUAUACCCAACGUUUCGAGUUGUUUCAGCCAGAUCUGUGUGGAUCCGAUUUUCGAUAGCGUGAUUCUUCGCAUUCUGCUACAUCGGUCGCGCAAUGGGGUGCUCGAAUUCCAAAAGUACACCCAUCGUUGAUUCCAAUACAGAUGAAAAUAUCGGACAGACAAUGCUCAAAAAUGGAAAAGCUGUCAUGAUGGAUGCUGAGAACAGAUUGGGUGAAAUGAAAGAUGCUGUGCACAACGCUGCUGCGAACAUGGAAGCAAAGCUACUCAACUCGCCUUUAACCCAAAGGGCAGGAUGUAAUGAAACUACCGAUAGCAACAUUGCAAAUGAUGGUGAUUUCAGCGACACUGAUACGAACGUAGAGCACGAAAUUCCUGUCACAAUGACAUUGAGCAGGGAUGAUGAUGUCGAUGGUGGAACUAGUGAUAAGCCUUCUACGCCGAUGCCCGAGGAUGGUUAUCUGUCUGAUCAAACUUUGUAUAACGAUUCUGAUUCAUGCGGUGGUAAUCGCGAUACCAUGAAAUCUAAUAUUUUCGAAGCUGUAUGUAACACUGCAGCUGAAUUAGCCCUGCAAGAUACGACAGAUACCGAAUGCGAAGAUCCUCGAUCUGGUCAAUACGAUGACAGCGAUGCAUUUUCAUCUCAAAGUGCCGCAGAAGCAGACUGCGAAUCGGAAUUCGAUUUCAGUCGCCGUAGAGGUAGUACUGGUUGUGACCAGCGGGAUCAAUUGAAUGAAGCACGACGAAUGGCCAACGAUGAUACCUACGUGAGACUUGGACGACAGCUAUGCAACGAAUUGGAAAGCCGAAGAAAAAAGUCAGGAGAUGUGCCUUGUGUGCUUGAGAUGGUGAAAAAAGCCAACUCCCGAGGACGUAACGGGAGAGUCGUCAGGAUUAACGCUGAUAUGCAACUGAAAAAGAAUGCGAAGUCGCUUAGAUAUUAACGAGGAGGGGAAAAUGCGAAAUUAUUUUUAACUAUGUUAUGCAAUCGAGGAUUUUGAGGCUAAUUUUACAUAUUUAUCUGUAUUCUGUAUACCGAUGUCUUCCUUAAACAGACUGCACACCAAAUUGAAGUUUAUAUUUUUCAACGAAAUCGUGUCAAUUAUUUACCUACUCGUGAUAUUCAUUUUUCUACUUAAGAAUUUCCACAUUUUGUAAUUGAAUCACACUUUAGAUGCACAUUGAUGAAGCUUAGUUGUGGCCUUAGAAGAAAUAUGAAUAGGCCAAUAACGAUUUCAAAAUUUAAUUUUUUCCCAUGAAAUGGCUGUUAGCCUAGUGAACAAAAUUGAAGGUCGAAUGGCAUCAUUAAAAGUACCCAUAAUUUUUCUUCUGUUUUUGAUUCGUCCAGCCCUCCUCUUUAACGGGUUUCUGCACAAGCAUUUAGCAUUAGGUAAUUAUUUUUUUCACUUUUUAGUUUUCACCAAAUGCAAGGUUAUUUAUUAAGUAAAUUCUACCUAUUCGUACCUAUCUAGAAAAAAACUUGAAAAAAAUACCUACGUCAAAAUUGGAAAAAAUGAUCAAAACACUCUUCUGUUGGUUCAAUAUUUUAUUUUGCAACUCAUUUCACUAAUUUUUAAAUUUUAUUUUCCAUUUAUCCAAUAAUAUAAAAUUAAGGACCUAUUGCCUUUGAUUGCCCAUUGUUUUUGUUAUGGUGGUCACUAUCUAUUUAAUGAAGAUAAUCAUGAGAAGCCUUUUUGUAGAAUUAAUGUAUCAAGUAUUGCUUAUAGUUAUUAAUUUUAUAGAAUUAAAUAAAAUUAACUUCAUAAGAGAUUAUUGAAAAAAUUCUCCUGAUUCCUAUUGGUCUUCCUUACUGUUUCCUUUUCUCAUCACCAAUAAAAAUAAUUUUGUCAUUUUA